AUGUCCCUAGAACAAUUCUUGGGAGAUCCAACGUUGGAUGUUAAUGGCAUAUCUGAUAACAAUAUGCCAAUUGAUUUAAAUUCAAUUACUAACACAACAAGUUUGGAUUUAUUAAAACAACACGCACCUAAUUCUAAUGCCGUACGCCACUCAUACCAUAAUAAUUACGAAGAUAUGGGUGAAGAAAAUGAGAGUAAUUAUCAUACUCGCCCAACAAAUCAAUUAUCGGGCCCGCCAUAUAUUGUUAAGUUUUCUAAUUUACCAUCCAAAUUUAGUGAUUUUGAAAUUAAUGAUUUAUUUGAAUCAAAAUUUACUCGUUUUAUUAAAUUUAAACUUUUCUGGGAGUUGAAUAAAAAUCCAUCAAUUGAAAUAUUGAAAAAUGGUUCCAAAUUUGAUCAAAAUUUUAAAAGAUCUUCUAAAGUUGCAUUUGUAGAGUUAUAUUCGGGACGUGAUGCUAUGAAAGUUUUAACACAUUGGUAUGAACCAUUAAGAGAUUUGCAUGAUAUUAUAGUGAAGCAAGCUGAUUUUGAAGAUUUCAAACAUUAUGGAGAGAAGUAUCAACUUUUAGAUUUGAAAAAUAAUCCAAUGGAUGAUCCAUCUAAACCUUUUGAAAAUUUAGAACGUGAAAAUGUAAUUGAAAACAAACGCAUUAAUAAUAUAACACAAUCAUUAAAUGGUCUUCAACUAGAAAGUUUAUCUCAUGUGAAUAAACCUAUAGAUAAACCAUUAUCCUACUCACAACUUAUUUCUAAAAACUCUAAUGAAAAAACAAAUAAUAAGGUGAAUAGUGAUUAUCUAAAUCACACUCAUAAAACUGAAUACCAAGAUGUUGAAAAUAAUGAAGAAUAUGAAGUGAUGAAAAGUGAGGAAAGUAAAGAAAAAGAGAAUAACGAAUUUAAAGAGCUUGAAGAGCUUAGAGAACAUAAAGAAAACAAAGAGAAUAGGGAGAAUAAAGAAAAUGUAGAUGAAAACUUGGAUGAGAAUAAACCAAAACAAUUUGUUUUUAAGAAUCCAGAAAGAAAGAGAACAACACAUUUCAAUUCAAAUAAGCAUUAUCGAGGUAAAAAGCAAUAUAAUGAUGGUAAUAGAAACAAUGAUUCCUAUAGGAGAAAUAAUAAUGAAUCUUAUAAGCAUAAUGAAUCGUAUAAAAAUAAUAAUGAAUUACAUAAAAAUAAUGAAUCAUACAAAAGUAAUGUAUCGUAUAAUGAUACUGAAGCAUCUGCUUCACCUACCUACUCAUUAUUUAAACCUGCUAGCAGUUUCUUAGGUGGAUCAAAUAGCAAUAAUACAUCUGAUAACCAUAGAGGAGGAAAUAGAGGCGGUAGAGGCGGCAGAGGUAGAGGCGGCAGAGGAGGAAGAGGCAGAGGCGGCAGAGGAGGCUACAGAGGAGGUAGAGGAGGUGGCGUAUAG